AUGGCUCUCCUGUACUCCCUGCGCAUGGCCCUCUACAGCCUCCUCCUCCUCACCACCUCCUUCAUCGCUGUCCUCAUCGGCGUCCUCUGCACACUCACUCGCCAGCGCCUCAACACAAACUACUACGUCGCCCGCACCUUCUGGCACAUCGCAGGCCCCAUCAUAGGAUGGAAGUUUGACGUCGAAGGCGAAGACUAUCUCUGGAGCCUGAGCGAGAGUGAGGGUGGGGGCAAGGCGGGGAAGGAGGGGAGAAGCAUGGUCAUGGUCGGCAACCACCAGAGUAUGGUGGACAUUCUCUACCUCGGCAGAAUCUUCCCCAAGCAUGCUGCUAUCAUGGCCAAAGAGUCUAUCAAAUGGAUCCCCGGUCUUGGCUGGUUCAUGUUGAUGUCUGGCACGGUAUUCAUCAACCGCAAGAACAACAAGUCUGCUGCCUCAAUUUGGAUCUUCCCCGAGGGAACGCGCCACAACGUCCCCGACCCUGAUCUCUUGAACUUCAAAAAGGGUGCAUUCUACCUGGCUGUUGAAGCCAAAGUGCCCAUUGUACCGGUCGUUUGUGAAAAUUACAACCGGCUGAUGGACGGCGAGACGCGGUUCAAGCGAGGAACUUUGCGCAUCAAGGUCCUCCCUCCCAUCCCCACUACCGGAUUGACCUCUGCCGACGUCCCAGCUCUCAUGACCCGCACCCGUGAGCUCAUGCUCCAAACACUAAAAGAAAUCUCCAUCCCCGCCCCUCCUUCAUCAUCCACAGGCUCAUCGGCAGCCUCUCCGACCCCUCUUCUCGGCCGACCAGAGCAAGAUCGAGAAGGACACUAUGGCACUGGCUCACCGGCUGAUCCCGUAGGGGGUGAGGAGGACGGCGAAGAUGCGGAGGACGCAGUGGAGGACGCCGUCGGCGAGGAAGAAGCGUCCAAGGGCGAAAGAGUGGUUCCCUUGGAGGACCAAAAGCCCAAUGGAGGGGUAGCGAAGCGUAGCAAGGGAGGGAAGAAAUUAGCGAUAGCGAUGGUAUCCGAUUUCUUUCUACCCGUCGUUGGGGGCGUGGAAACGCAUAUCUAUAUGCUCAGUGCGGAGCUCAUUAAAAGAGGGCACAAGGUGAUUGUCAUCACCCACUCUCAUCCCAAUCGCAUCGGCAUCCACCUGCUCCCACCAGCACUCAAAGUCUUUCACACACCUAUACCACCAGUCACUGCAUCUCAAGCCACGCAACCGAAUUAUCUCCAUCUACUGCCCUUCUUCCGGUCAAUCUGUAUAUCAGAAGGGAUCGAUCUUGUGCAUGGGCAUGGUGCUAUGAGUUCAUUGGGUAUCGAAGCGAUAUUGCACGCCCCAUUGAUGGGCCUCAAGACGUGCUAUACAGACCAUAGUCUGUUUGGGUUUCAAGAUUGGCCGGGGAUAGUGUCGAAUCAGCUGCUGGUAGGUGGACUGAGGAAUGUGGACCAAGUGAUUUGUGUCAGUAAUACUGGACGCGAAAAUAUGGUGUUGCGAGCACAGUUGGACCCGGCGCUGAUAUCUGUGGUACCAAAUGCCAUCGUCCCGGAGCAGUUCAAGCCCGAUCCUUCUAAAGCAGAUCCCGACCGCAUAACGAUAGUGACGAUUGCCCGCCUUGUCCACCGCAAGGGUAUCGACCUCCUCAUCUCCUCCUGCCCAUCCAUCUGCGCCCUCUUCCCCAAAGCCCACUUUCUGAUCGGCGGGGACGGUCCAAAGAUGGUCGAGCUCCUACAAAUGGUCGAGAAACAUCAGCUCCAGUCCCGCGUCACUCUCUUGGGGCGCGUCUUGCCAGGCGAAGUGGAAGGGGUAUUGCGAAGGGGCCAGAUCUUCUUGGGGACGAGCUUGACAGAGGCGUUUGGGAUUUCACUGAUAGAGGCGGCGAGCUGUGGGUUGUUUGUGGUGGGCACCAAGGUUGGGGGAGUGCCAGAGGUGUUGCCGAAUGACAUGAUUGAGUUUUGUCGCGCCGAUGAAGAUGAUGUGAUAAGAGCACUCACCCACGCCAUCAAAAUCAUCUCCUCCCCGAACCGUCCAGACCCAUUCGAAUCGCACCGCCGCCUCGCGCAAAUGUAUUCUUGGUCCGACGUCGCCCUCAGGACAGAGCAAGUCUACUAUCGCGCCAUGGCGCGCCCCGAGAGGGACGUGGGGGAGAGGUUGGCCCGGUUCUUGACGGUGGGCCCGGUGUAUGGGCCUGUGAUGUGUUGUAUUGCUGCUGUAUCGGCGGCUUGGUUUUCCAUCCUGGCAUUUUGGAAUCCAAAGGCGAGACUAGAAAGAAAGACGGCAUCGUUGUAA